CCUCCCAAUUCCUCUCAAAGUGGAUAUACAUCUGACAUUAAUAGAACAUGUCUGUUCGACCUCUUUGUCCCGAGCUUCAAGCUAAAGCUAUAGCCGAGCUUAAUGAGGAUCCAAAAAGAAUCGAUGAUGAUAUUCAAGCCCUUAGAGAUUGGUUGGAAAAGCAACGUCACUUAACACCGAGAAUGGAUAAACAAUUUUUGUUAAGUUUUCUACGUGGUUGUAAGUUUAGUUUAGAAAAGGCUAAAAAGAAAUUAGAAAAUUUGUAUACCAUGAAAACGAUUCUUCGCGAAUUUUUUGAAAAUAGGGAUCCUUUAUCACCCGAAAUUCAAGCAAUAUUAAAACUGGGACCGUUCCUACCACUUACUAAAGUAGGAAGUCCCGAUGCCCCACGUAUCAUAUUAUUUAGACAUGUAGAUCCAGCUGUGCACAAAAUGAAAGAUAUAUUCAAAGUUAACAUUAUGAUAUCAGAUAUUUUGAUGAAUGAAGAUGAUCAAAUCAUUAUUGGAGGCAUGGUUGCAUUACAAGAUAUGGCGGGAGUUGGUUCAUCUAGUAUGGUACACAUGGACUUAUCACUUACAAAAAAAGCAAUGAUGUUUUUCGAUGGAGCUUACCCACAAAGACCAAAAGCAAUGCACUUUAUCAAUUUACCAUCAUUUUUUGAUACCAUGUAUAAUAUGAUGAAACCAUUUUUCAAAGAAAAAAUGAUGAAGAGGUUUGUUAUUCAUAAAGUAACCAACAUGGAUGAAAUUUAUAAACACAUCCCAAAAUCGAUUUUACCAACUGAAUACGGUGGAGAUGCUGGUCCAAUUCAAGAUUUAAUUGAUCAUUGGAAGGCUAAAGUUGAGAGCUAUGCAGAAUGGUUUAAAGAAGAUGCAAAAUAUAAAUCUGAUGAAUCAAAAAGAAUCGGAAAACCGAAGACUGAAAGUGAUUUAUUUGGAAUUGAAGGAUCGUUUAGAAAAUUGAAUGUUGAUUAGAAUUGGAAUUACUUUCCUGAGCAAUUCGCUACUGCCGGGGCAAAAGGUCAUAAGUCUAUUUUUUUUUAAUAUGGCGCUUGAGGCAAAUUUGAAUUCUUCAUGUUGAUACAAUUGUACAAUAUGAAGAAUAACGCCAUAUUAAAAAAAAUAGACUUACCAGAUGAUUUUUUCCACUAAAAUAAUAAGUACACGUUUUCAAGUUAUCAUUAUUUUGUAAUUUUAUUACUUUUAUUACGAGUAUAGAUAAGGGAAUAAGUA